AUGUUUGAUUUAACACCAGUUGUGCUUGGUGAUUUAAAACAACUAUUAAUAUCUUUAAAAUUAUACCCAACUGGUCCUACAGUUUGUAAUCCAACAAUAGAAGUUAUUGAUUUUUGCAAUGAUUUAGCCGUGCUAAAAUAUAUUGAACAUUUGUAUUAUAUUGGUUUUGUAAACAAAAGCAGAGAAGCACAUAGAGAAGAUUAUUUGGGUGUAUUAGUUAAACAUGAAGAAUUUAUUAAUAUAUUUGGACCUGAUAUAGCGAUGCCAAAUAUUGUUGGUUAUUCGAAAGCUGGUAUUUUGAAUGACAAUAUAUCAGAAACAUUAGGUGAUACAUUUCAACAACGAUUGCAUCAAUUAUAUGAUGGCAAUCUAUGCGACGUUUAUGAAGAAUCAAAAUGA